UUGGAAAGAGACUCUCUCUCGGGCUCCGAUUCCGCUAGAAAAUGCACAUCCGAAAAGAUACAAAGAAAGCGUGAUUCAUCCCACAUAAUCCACGCCUUCAUCUUUUCCUUCACCUCUACUACUCAACACUACCCGAUCUAUAUAUCUAUACCCUCCCCCAUUGUCUCUCUGUCUGGUCCGUCCCCUACUCAGGCGUUGUCAUAUAUACCACUUUUCCGCCCUCCUCCCUCUCUUCUUUGUCUUCCCGCCCCCCUCUCCGCUCCAUCAACAUGCUUCGCUCAAAUCCCGCCAGGAGUGCGGCUCGCGCACUCACACAGUCCUCGAAAUGCACCGCCCGACAGUUGUCCAGCCGCCCAUCGCCAGCGAGUAUUGCGACGGCGAGGAAAGGUCCUACUGCCGUUAGAACACAAGCAACUUCUGCGACGGCUUCGGCCACAGCCACCCAAUCACAAACACGAGAGGUCCCCAGCCCAGCAUUCAACACAGCCAGCUCGCGCAGACACGAGUCAAAUCAUUUACAACAUGGCCACCAGCCAGAGAUGGACGAAUCCUUCAUUGGGAAAACAGGAGGGGAGAUCUUCCAUGAGAUGAUGCUCAGACAAGGUGUUAAACAUGUCUUCGGAUACCCUGGUGGUGCUAUUCUCCCUGUAUUCGACGCCAUCUACAACUCAAAACACUUCGAAUUCAUCCUCCCCAAACAUGAACAAGGCGCUGGGCAUAUGGCCGAAGGCUAUGCGAGAGCUUCGGGAAAGCCUGGUGUUGUUCUCGUCACCUCAGGCCCAGGAGCCACCAACGUGAUCACCCCAAUGCAGGAUGCCCUCUCCGACGGAACCCCAAUGGUCGUGUUCUGCGGCCAGGUACCAACGACCGCUAUUGGUAGCGACGCCUUCCAGGAAGCCGAUGUCGUCGGUAUCUCGAGAGCAUGCACCAAGUGGAACGUGAUGGUCAAGAACGUCGCCGAAUUACCUAAGCGGAUAAACGAAGCUUUUGAGAUUGCUACCUCUGGACGGCCCGGACCUGUGUUGGUGGACCUACCAAAAGAUGUCACAGCCGGUAUCCUCAGAAAGGCCAUCCCGAUGACCAGCACUCUCCCAUCUCUUCCCAGCCAAGCAUCGAAAGCGGCAGCCGAGCUCAGCAAGAAACAGCUUGCAGCUACCAUCCAGCGGGUAGCAAAACUGCUCAACGUCGCCAAGAAGCCAGUCGUAUAUGCUGGACAAGGUCUUAUCUCUGUCCCCGAAGGUCCCAAGCUCCUCAAGGAGCUCGCGGACAAGGCCUCCAUCCCCGUGACGACCACCCUCCAAGGUCUUGGUGGAUUCGAUGAGCUCGACGAGAAGUCCCUUCACAUGCUCGGUAUGCACGGUGCAGCAUACGCCAACUUGGCUAUGCAGGAGGCCGAUCUUAUCAUCGCUCUUGGAGCCCGUUUCGAUGACCGUGUGACUGGAAAUGUCGCCAAGUUCGCACCACAAGCCAAGGCCGCAGCAGCAGAAGGACGAGGCGGUAUCGUGCACUUCGAGAUCAUGCCCAAGAACAUCAACAAAGUUGUCCAAGCCACCGAAGCCGUAGAGGGAGAUGUCGUAGCCAACCUCGCCCUCCUCCUGCCCCAGGUCGAAAACCGAAGCAUGCAAGAGCGCAAGGAAUGGUUUGACCAGAUCAAGUUCUGGAAGAACAAGUUCCCUCUCUCUGCAUACGAACGGGCCGAGCGAGCAGGCCUCAUCAAACCCCAGACCCUUAUCGAAGAACUCUCCAACCUCACCGCCCACCGAAAAGAAGAUACGAUUAUCGCAACUGGCGUAGGUCAACAUCAAAUGUGGACCGCUCAACAUUUCCGCUGGCGAUACCCAAGAACCAUGAUCACCUCUGGUGGUCUUGGAACCAUGGGCUAUGGGCUGCCUGCCGCCAUCGGUGCCAAGGUUGCCCGUCCCGACGCCCUCGUGAUCGAUAUCGAUGGUGACGCCUCCUUCAACAUGACCCUUACCGAGAUGUCCACCGCCCAGCAAUUCGACAUCGGAGUGAAGAUCAUCGUCUUGAACAACGAGGAGCAAGGAAUGGUCACGCAAUGGCAGAACAUCUUCUACGAGGAUCGAUACGCGCAUACGCACUCCAAGAACCCCGACUUCAUGAAAUUGGCAGAUGCUAUGGGUAUUCAGGCUAGAAGAUGUAUCAGACCGGAUGAUGUCCGGGAUGCCUUGACGUGGUUGAUUGAGAGUGAUGGCCCAGCGUUCUUGGAGGUUGUGACAGAUAAGAAGGUCCCGGUCUUGCCUAUGGUACCGGGUGGUAGUGCGUUACAUGAGUUCUUGGUCUAUGAUGAAGCCAAGGACAAGGAGAGGAGAAAGUUGAUGAAGGAGCGAACGGGUGGCAAGCACUAUUAG